ACAGAGCGUCGCUGGGCUCAGAUUGUUGCUAGAAGGAGUCCGCGUAGACGUCUGGCUAGACGCCGCGACUUACCUUUGAGUGGUGCACGGUAGAUCCCGCGCUCGGAACCUGUCCGGGGCUUCUGGGCUGCGGGGCCUGGAAGGAGGCCUAUUGAAGCGGUUCGAGAACGGUCUGGGGGACGUUUAAGCGUUCUCCUUGUCAUCCUACUCAACGCCAUGUCCUGGAUGUUCAAGAGGGAUCCUGUUUGGAAGUACUUGCACACUGUUCAGUAUGGAGCACCAGGAACUUUUCCACGUCUCUCAUAUCCAACUUUUUUCCCACGUUUUGAAUUCCAAGAUAUUAUUCCGCCAGAUGACUUCCUAACUAGUGAUGAAGAGCUGGAUUCAGUUUUAUUUGGAACUUUAAGAGGUCACGUGGUUGGACUACGCUACUACGCAGGAGUGGUUAAUAAUAAUGAAAUGGUUGCAUUACAACGAGAUUCUGAUAACCCCUAUGAUAAAAAUGCAAUUAAAGUAACCAAUGUGAAUGGAAAUCAAGUUGGCCAUGUGAAGAAAGAUCUUGCAGCUGCUUUGGCUUAUAUCAUGGACAACAAAUUAGCACAAAUUGAAGGGGUAGUUCCUUUUGGUGCAAACAACACUUUUACCAUGCCCCUGCAUUUGACUUUCUGGGGAAAAGAAGAAAAUAGAAAAGCAGUUUUAGAUCAGUUGAAGAAACAUGGAUUUAAAUUGGGUCCUGCACCAAAAGUGAACAGUCUUAAAACGGAAUUUGACAAAUUGUUUGAAGAUUUAAAAGAAGAUGAUAAAACUCAGGAAAUGGAACCAGCUGAGGCUAUUGAAACACCGUUGCUUCCACAUCAAAAGCAAGCUCUAGCUUGGAUGGUUUCACGGGAAAACAGUAAAGAACUUCCACCAUUCUGGGAACAGCGAGAUGAUUUAUAUUAUAAUACAAUAACAAAUUUUUCUGAGAAAGAUCGACCAGAAAAUGUCCACGGAGGGAUUCUAGCUGAUGAUAUGGGUUUGGGUAAAACUCUUACGGUCAUUGCAGUAAUCCUUACCAACUUCCAUGAUGGCAAACCUCUUCCUAUUGAAAGAUUUAAAAAGAAUCUGAAGAAGGAAUGUAAUGACAAAUCUACGAAAUUUGGAAGAAGCAAUACCAGUGAAAAGGUGGAUGGACAAGAAUCUCGUAAGGAGUGCAAGAAAUUUGACAUUUUGGGUAUAAUGGAAAGAGUAAUUGGUGGGAAUGUGAGUGGAAAGGGGACCAAGAGAAUAGGUAGACGAGUUGGCAUUAGAAGACAAAGAAAAACUGCCAUCCAGUACUUUGAAAGCAGCGAUUCAGAGGAAAUUGAAACAAAGGAAUUGCCAAAGAAAGUGAAAGGCAAAAUGAAAAAUGUACAAUCAGAGCCUAAAAGCAGGGUACAAGGAUCUUCUAAGGAUAAAGAAGAUGUGGCAUUUGCAUGUGCACUUAAAUCAUCUACCCGUACCACAAAAAAGAAAACAUUAAAAAAGGGAGUAACUUCAGUGGAAGGUUCAAAGAAGACUGAUGUUGAAGGAAGACCAAGAACAACACUGAUCAUCUGUCCACUUUCUGUAUUAAGCAACUGGAUUGACCAGUUUGGACAACAUAUAAAAUCAGAUGUGCACUUGAAUUUUUACGUUUAUUAUGGUCCUGAUCGUAUUAGAGACUCAGCCUUACUUUCAAAACAGGAUAUUGUUUUGACUACAUACAAUAUUUUAACUCAUGACUAUGGAACUAAAGGUGAUAGUCCAUUACAUAGCAUAAAGUGGCUGAGAGUGAUCCUGGAUGAAGGACAUGCUAUCCGAAAUCCAAAUGCUCAACAGACUAAAGCUGUACUUGAUUUAGAAGCAGAAAGAAGAUGGGUAUUGACAGGUACUCCAAUCCAGAAUUCUUUAAAGGACUUGUGGUCUCUUCUUUCCUUUUUAAAACUUAAACCAUUCCUUGAUAGAGAAUGGUGGCAUAGAACAAUACAACGUCCUGUCACAAUGGGAGAUGAAGGAGGACUUAGGCGUUUACAGUCCCUAAUUAAAAAUACUACACUUAGAAGAACAAAGACAAGCAAAAUUAAAGGAAAACCUGUUUUGGAGUUACCAGAACGUAAAGUAUUUAUCCAGCACAUUACACUUUCAGAUGAAGAGAGAAAAAUUUAUCAAUCUGUGAAAAAUGAAGGCAGAGCUACUAUUGGGAGGUAUUUUAAUGAAGGGACUGUCCUUGCACACUAUGCAGAUGUCCUGGGUCUUUUGCUUAGAUUGCGGCAGAUUUGUUGUCAUACGCACCUUCUUACAAAUGCAGUUUCUUCCAGUGGUUCCGCAGGAAAUGACACACCUGAAGAACUGAGGAAGAAGUUGAUAAGGAAGAUGAAGUUAAUUCUGAGCUCAGGUUCGGAUGAAGAAUGUUCGAUUUGCUUGGAUUCUUUAACAGUUCCUGUGAUAACACAUUGUGCACAUGUGUUUUGUAAACCCUGUAUUUGCCAAGUCAUUCAGAACGAGCAGCCACAUGCUAAAUGCCCUUUAUGCAGAAAUGAUAUACAUGCUGACAAUUUAUUAGAAUGUCCUCCAGAAGAACUGGCAUGUGACAGUGAGAAAAAGGCUAAUACAGAAUGGACAUCCAGUUCCAAGAUUAAUGCUCUAAUGCAUGCAUUGAUUGACUUAAGAACAAAGAAUCCCAACAUAAAAAGUUUAGUUGUGUCUCAGUUUACAACAUUCCUGACUUUACUAGAAACACCACUGAAAGCUGCUGGAUUUGUGUUUACUCGUUUAGAUGGUUCCAUGGCCCAAAAGAAAAGAGUUGAAUCAAUUCAGUGUUUCCAAAACACUGAAGCAGGAUCUCCAACAAUAAUGCUUCUGUCCUUAAAAGCAGGUGGAGUUGGUUUGAAUCUUUCUGCAGCUUCUCGAGUGUUUUUAAUGGAUCCAGCCUGGAAUCCCGCUGCUGAAGAUCAGUGCUUUGACAGAUGCCAUAGACUUGGCCAGAAGCAGGAAGUUAUCAUUACAAAGUUCAUUGUGAAGGACUCUGUUGAAGAAAAUAUGCUGCAAAUACAAAAUACAAAGAGAGAACUUGCAGCAGGAGCCUUUGGAACUAAAAAACCAAAUGCUAAUGAAAUGAAACAAGCUAAAAUUAAUGAAAUCAGAACUUUAAUUGACUUAUAAUUUGUGGGACUUUAGUAAGAAGACUACUAUAUGUGAGAGGCGUGAUAAUCUGGAUGGAAGUUUGGCUGGAUGACCUCCAAAGUCGUUUCAACUCAAAAGACAUCUUAAUCCUGAAUGUAAAAAUUUGUUAUGUGUUCAAGAUUCAGAGUAUGAUUUUGUAACUUCAGUAACUCAUCCUUACAUCUGUCUAUAGAAUAAGUCAUCUUUUUCUCUUUCAUUAAUAAGCAGCCUCACAAAAGUUUCCACAGAAUUCUAGAUGACUUUGAGUCAUACUUAAAAUGAAUAAGCUAGAAAUUUAGAAAUCAGGUAAGGCAGUCAGUGGUUUUAUUAAGGGAAACUUUUUCUUUUUAAAAUCCAAAGAAAGAUUACUGUAACAAGAGAAGCUUCAUGUUUGAAGCUUCUUGAUGAUACAGGUUAAUUUUGAUUGAAAGAUGACAUUGGAGGCAUUGCUGUGUUACAGGUGCAUAUGUAAGCUAUGUGCCGAAUCUCUCACCAGCUGAGUCCCUGCCUCCCUGCGACUUACCCCUUGGCAACAACGAUAUUGAUAUUCAUUGAGACGAAGACCUUUUGUCAGGGAUGAGAAUGGAAUACUCUCAUUGUAUUUGGGGUUGGUCCACUGGCAUUAUUAGAAGCAGUAUGGAAGUUCUUUAUUUUGUAGUCUAGCAUUACACACACAAAAAUCAGGUAGAUCAGAAUAUGGGUUUCUCCCUAUACCAGUGCUUCAGUGAGAUUGAGUUAUAAACAGUUUUUGGCAAAUAACACAAUUUACUCUUGGUUACAAAGGCAAAACUUUACGAACUCACUGUAAAGGUGAAGAUGACAACUUGCAUCUUUACCUAGACAUUUAUGGAGUUGUGUUUUUAAACACAUUCAUAAAUUUGGCAAGUCAUUAAAUACAAAAAGCUUUGUUUUGUACAGUUUUAUUAGAUGUUAAAUUAAAAAAUUUAAUUUGUUCUAAGAAAAUAUAUAAACCACUGGAAUGAAAACUUUAUGUUAUGCUAUACUGUUAAUUGUUUUUUUAUUGCAUAGAAUAAUAGCUUUAGAAAUAUACUGAAAAAGUGGAAUUCCCACUUGCGUUUGAGAA